ACAUCUGCCCAUGUCAACUCACCACCACCCCCUCAAAUUACCCAAUAUUAGAUGCACCCAUUUUUUGUCCUCCAUUUCUAGCAAGGACAAGAACUACAUCACUUCUCAAAGUUCCAAACUUUCUUAAUCUUUUAGCUCAAAUCUUGUAAUGGAUAUCAAGAUUUUCAUGUUUUCUUUCAUUCUAACCUCACUUCUAUUCAUUCUUGUUUACAUACCCACCCAACUUUCCUACUCAACCACCAUUUUCAAGCCAAAAAGAAGCUUCAUCAUCUCAAAUACCACUAACACUUACCCUGUAAAAUUUGCUUACUUGAUCUCUGCUUCUAAAGGUGAUGUACCAAAGUUAAAAAGAUUACUUUUUUCACUAUACCAUCCUGGUAAUUAUUACUUGAUUCACUUAGAUUUAGGUGCACCUGAAAAUGAACACCAAGAGAUUUCAAGAUUUGUAGCUGACAACACUGUUUUUGGAGAAAUUAAUAAUGUUUGGGUUGUGGAAAAGCCUAAUUUGGUGACAUAUAGAGGACCAACUAUGCUUGCUACGACACUACAUGCAAUGUCUAUGCUUUUAAGGAUUGCUAAAUGGGAUUGGUUUAUUAAUCUCAGUGCCUCUGAUUAUCCUUUAGUUACUCAAGAUGAUCUGAUCCAUGCCUUCUCUGACCUACCAAGGGAUCUAAAUUUUGUACAACACACUAGCCACAUGGGUUGGAAACUGAAUAAGAGAGGAAAGCCAAUUAUAAUAGACCCUGGUCUUCAUAGUCUAAACAAAUCAGAGAUUUGGUGGGUUGUCAAGCAAAGAAGUCUACCGACUGCUUUCAAGCUUUACACAGGUUCAGCGUGGACAAUAUUGUCCAGAUCCUUUGCUGAAUACUGCAUAAUAGGCUGGGAAAAUCUUCCAAGAACUCUUCUUCUCUACUACACCAAUUUCGUGUCAUCUCCAGAGGGUUAUUUCCAAACAGUCAUAUGCAACUCUGAAUACAAGAACACAACAGUGAACCAUGAUCUUCACUACAUUACUUGGGACAACCCCCCGAAACAACACCCAAGAUCCCUCGGCCCGAAGGAUUAUAGAAGAAUGGUUUUAAGCAACAGGCCAUUCGCCCGGAAGUUCAAGAAAAACAAUGUUGUCCUUAAUAAAAUUGAUCGCGAUCUUCUCAGAAGACGAAAUGGACAGUACUUCUCAGCCGGAGGAUGGUGUUCCAAUGACAGUGAUCGCGGUUGCUUGAAUCUACAGGGUGAGAAAUAUGGCGUUUUAAGGCCUGGAACGGGUGCCAGAAGGUUGAGAACAUUGUUGAAGAAAUUGGUAUCUGCACCACAUUUUGCUAGAAGGCAGUGUAGAUAAGUUGGAAAUGAAACUUACUUUUGUUGGAAAUAUAGAAAAAUAAAUAUUCUGGAAGAGGGUGCUAUCAUAUUUAGUCAAUUCUUGAUACUUGUCAUAGUUUCACCUAAGAAAAAGAAAAUAUAGCACAGGAAAGUUAUAUCAGGUUUCUGGGUCACUGGAGUUUCUUUCAUUGUUCUCUUUGUGGGGGGUGUUCCAAUUCUUUCCAAAGUGUAGUCUACACACUAUGUAUCACUGUACUGUUACAUGUUACAUGAUCUAAGAUUAGAGGUACUAUAUCAUUGCCGCUA